CGGGGGCCACCCUCCUCCCCCUCCCGCUGCCAUGACCGCCCAAGGACUCCCGCCGGCCAGCCUCGACUGUGCUCUGCCUCCGCGCUCCAGGUCGUCGGGAACUAUUCCAAGCUGUAACCAAGGCUCCCCUCCUCGUUCCUCCCUCCCUCUCCUUUAAAGAUUUAUUUCUCGAUCCAAGAAAUUGUAUUCCGUCGACUCCUUCCCUCGUUGGUCAUUUAGACCCUGGGCCUCGUUUCUGAGUGUUAAGAGGGGGUGCGGUCUCCCCCCAAGACGGCUCCCCGGAAGGACAGAUUCCCCGGGCCGACCCACAUACAGCAUGAAGAGGUGCAAAUCGGACGAGCUGCAGCAACAGCAGGGAGAGGAGGAUGGAGCGGGGCUGGAAGAUGCCGUUUGCCACCUGCCCGGCGCGGACCCCCGGCCCGGGCUGGCCAUGGGUGCUAAUUCUGCCGGCGGGCCAACUUCAGACGCGGGCGCUGCGUCGGCGCCCAACCCGGGACCCCGAAGCAAGCCUCCCGACUUAAAGAAAAUCCAGCAGCUCUCGGAGGGCUCCAUGUUCAGCCACGGCCUGAAGCACCUGUUCCACAGCCGCCGCCGGUCACGAGAGAGGGAGCACCAGACGUCUCAGGAUUGCCAGCCGCCGCAGCAUCAGCAGCAGCAGCAGGGCGUGUCUGACCAUGACUCCCCGGAUGAGAAGGAGCGUUCCCCCGAGAUGCAUCGGGUCUCCUAUGCCGUGUCCCUGCACGACCUGCCCGCCCGGCCCACCGCCUUCAACCGUGUGCUCCAGCAGAUCCGCUCCCGGCCC